UAAGGUGUUGUUUAGUAAUGUACUUUGGAGGGUACGGAUUCCUCUAUUGAUGCGAUUGAUGCAGUACCCAGGAACGCUAAUAGAUGGUUCAGGUGAUAUUAUUUUACCAGCUACGCAAAGGCCUGACGGGUCAUGGCGAAAAGAAGUUAAAGUAAAAAAAGGAUACAUUCCUCAAGAAGUAGUACCAUUAUAUGAAUGUAAAGGUAAAAAAGAAUAUAUACAAUACUCAAAGUACCCUCCUGGACUUCAUCCUGAUGAAAUUAAAAAAAUUGAAGAGGUUAAACAAGGCUUAACACUGAACACUACUAAUAAAUCCAAAAAUAAAAAACAAUCAGAUCCAAUAUCUACAAAACAUAUUAUUGAUAGUUUUGCUUCAUUAAAUAUAAAUAGUAAAACCCUUUCAAAUACCAAGCAUCAUACAAAAGAAACCCCAGCGAUAAUUAAGCACAUGGACAUCGAAGCAAUUUUAAAAAAGGUGAGAAAUCUGAAGAAAAAAUUACGUCAAAUUGAGAGUUUAAAAGAAAAAUUAGAUGAUGGAGAUUAUAAGGAAUUAGACAAAGAACAAAUGGAAAAAAUAGAACGACAGAAUAAAAUUGAAGAUGAAAUAGAAAAUCUAGAAAACUUACUUGAAUCAAAAUAAAACAUAUUACCCAUACAUAUCAGCAUCGAUUAUUUAAAAAAAAUUAUUGUAUAUAAUAUAUUUUAUAGUAUUCAUAAAGAAAUGCAAAAUAAUCAAAGAUUAAGGCUUAAAUUUGUUUUGUAGCCUAAUAUAAGACCCCAUCCUAUUAAUUCAUUUUUGAAUAUCGAUUUUAAUGAUUAUAACAGUAAAUAAAA